AGGAGAGAGCAGAGAGAGGAGCUGAAGGAGGAGGACGACGUGACGGGAGGACUGUGAACAGGAGCUCUCAGGACUACGACACACACACACAGAGGAGAAACUGGAUCAUAUCUGAGGCACAUUUGGAGAUUCGUGCAGCGGGAGACGUGGUGCGGACUGUUACGCACGACAGCGUUUCCCUGCGGUAAAAUCAGCCGGACUUUUUUGGACAGGACGCGCACGGACGGCUUGCCUGCUCUUCCUCGUCACAAACAGAGGGUUUAUAGCGGGGAGGUUUACGGAGCAGCGGACUGAAGGCACAGAGGAGGAGUUGGGAUGUCCUGAGUCAGUCCUCCGGGCCCAGAGAGCGGUGUGCUGAUGGGACCUGCUGCGCCACCAUGAGCUUACAAGAUGGCGGCUGCAGCUACGCCAGCAGCGCCAACAUGGCCACCGCUAGUGGCAGCAUGCGGCGGCGCCUGGAGGACCAGGAGUUCUCCUUGCGCGUCUACCCAGGCGCCUUGGCUGAGGGCACCAUCUACUGCCCUGUCAGCGCCCGCAAGAACACCACAGCUGCUGAAGCCAUCGAGUGCCUCAUCGAGCGGUUGCGUCUGGAUCGUACCAAGUGCUACGUGUUGGCCGAGGUGAAGGAGUUUGGCGGGGAGGAAUGGAUCCUGAACCCUGGCGACUGCCCUGUUCAGCGGAUGAUGUUGUGGCCACGGAGCGCCUUGGAGAACCGCAGCGGCCUGGGCAGUGGCGAUGACUACCGCUUCCUCCUGCGGGAGAAGAACCUGGAUGGAUCUAUUCAUUAUGGCGGCAGCCUGCAGAUGUGGCUGCGGGUGACUGAGGAGCGUCGCCGCAUGGUGGAGCGGGGUUUCCUCCCCCAGCCUGCAGGGAGCGACCCUCCGUCCGACCUCUGCGCUCUCCCGGAGCUAGCAGAACGCACCAUUUUGGAAAGCCUGCGUGCACGUUUCCGCCAGGAGAAGAUCUACACUUACAUUGGGAGUAUUCUUAUUGUUGUUAACCCCUUUCAGUUCCUGCCGAUCUACAAUCCCAAAUAUGUCAAAUUGUACGACAACCACGCGCUGGGGAAGCUGGAGCCCCAUAUUUAUGCUGUGGCGGAUGUGGCGUAUCACGCCAUGCUGCAGCGACGGAAGAACCAGUGCAUAGUGAUAUCUGGGGAGAGCGGUUCUGGGAAGACUCAGAGCACCAACUUCCUCAUUCAUCACCUGACUGCGCUCAGCCAGAAGGGAUUUGCCAGCGGGGUGGAGCAGAUCAUCCUGGGAGCGGGGCCAGUGUUGGAGGCCUUUGGGAACGCUAAGACUGCCCACAACAACAACUCCAGCCGCUUCGGCAAGUUCAUUCAGGUCAACUACCAGGAGAGUGGCACCGUCAGAGGAGCGUAUGUGGAGAAGUACCUGCUGGAGAAAUCACGUCUGGUGUACCAGGAGCACAAUGAGAGGAACUACCAUGUUUUCUACUACCUGUUGGCCGGAGCCAGUGAAGAAGAGAGGAAGUCCUUCCAUCUGCUCAAACCUGAGGAAUACCACUACCUCAACCAGAUGACAAAGAAAUUGCACAAACUCCACUGGGACAAUUACUAUGAGAGCGAUCUGCAGGACUGCUUCACAGUGGAAGGAGAGGAUCUGAAACACGACUUUGAGCGGCUGCAGCUGGCUAUGGAGAUGGUCGGCUUCUUACCCACCACACGCAAACAGAUCUUCUCGCUGCUGUCAGCAAUCCUCCACCUGGGAAACAUUCGCUACAAGAAGAAGACCUACAGGGACGAUUCCAUCGACAUCUGCAACCCAGAGGUCCUGCCCAUCGUCUCAGAGCUGCUAGAGGUCAAAGAGGAGAUGCUGCUGGAAGCGCUGACGACCAGGAAGACUGUGACUGUUGGAGAGAGGCUUAUCGUACCCUACAAACUUGCUGAGGCUGGCACGGUGAGGGACUCCAUGGCCAAGUCGCUGUACAGCGCGCUGUUUGACUGGAUUGUGUUCAGGACCAACCAUGCCCUGCUGAACAACAAGGACCUGGAGGACAAUUCAAAGAUCCUGUCGAUAGGAGUCCUGGACAUCUUUGGUUUUGAGGAUUAUGAAAACAACAGUUUUGAACAGUUCUGCAUCAACUUCGCCAACGAACGACUGCAGCACUACUUCAACCAACACAUCUUCAAAUUAGAACAGGAGGAGUACAGGGCAGAGGGCAUCACCUGGCACAACAUCGAAUACAUCGACAACAGCAGCUGCCUCAACCUCAUCAGCAAGAAACCCACAGCGCUGUUCCACCUGCUGGACGAGGAGUGCAAUUUCCCCCAGGCUUCCAAUCAGACCUUGCUGGACAAGUUCAAGCGUCAGCAUGAAGGAAACAGCUACAUCGAGUUCCCCGCUGUCAUGGAGCCCGCCUUCAUCAUCAGACACUACGCUGGUAAAGUCAAGUACGGAGUCAAGGACUUCAGGGAGAAAAACACUGACCACAUGCGUCCCGACAUUGUGGCUUUGCUCAAGAGCAGCAAGAACGCCUUCAUCUGCGGCCUGAUGGGAAUCGACCCCGUGGCGACCUUCCGCUGGGCCGUGCUGCGAGCCUACUUCAGAGCCCUGGUGGCUUUCAGGGAGGCCGGUCGCAGACACACCCACAAAAAAACUGGUAAUGAUGCAGCAGUUCCCUGUAAUGUUGUCAAAACUGUCGACAGCUUUAGUUUCCUCCAUCAUCCGGUUCACCAAAGGAGCCUUGAGAUCCUUCAAAGAUGCAAAGAUGAGAAAUACAGUAUCACCAGGAAGAAUCCCCGGACACCUCUGUCAGAUCUUCAAGGCACCAACGCCCUGAAUGAGAAGGCCAGCUGGGAUGGCUACGGUGUUGGCUGCAACGGUCGCAGCUCCAGGACCGGUCGUAUGUCCUCGACAGGAAGUCCCACCCUGGAAGAAGACGGGAUUUUCAUCAACUCGACCAGCAGCAAGCUCCUGGAGAGAGCUCAGGGUAUCCUGCUGAGAAACAAAAACAUCAAAAGCAAGCCAACCCUUCCCAAGCACUUGUUGGACGUGAAGUCUCUGCGUUACCUGAGCAGCGUGACGCUCCACGACCGCAUCACCAAGUCUCUGCUUCACCUGCACAAGAAGAAGAAGCCGCCCAGCAUCAGCGCACAGUUCCAGGCGUCCCUCAAUAAGCUGAUGGAGACUCUUGACCAAUCAGAGCCGUACUUUGUGAAGUGUAUUCGCUCCAACGCUGAGAAGCUGCCGUUGCGUUUCAAUGACAGCCUGGUGCUCAGACAGCUCAGAUACACAGGUAUGCUGGAAACUGUCCGGAUCCGACAAUCAGGAUACAGCAUCAAGUACACCUUCCAGGACUUUGUGCGUCACUUUCAUGUGCUGCUGCCUCGAGGCACGAGUGCGACCAAGUCAGGCAUCAGGGAGUUUUUCAGACGGAUCCACCUGCCGCCUGCUGGGUAUCAAGUUGGCAACACGAUGGUGUUCCUGCGGGAGGCGGAGCGUCAGCGUCUUCAGACCCUCCUCCACCAGGAAGUGCUGCGGCGAAUUGUCAUGCUGCAGCGCCGCUUCAGGGCCGUCCUGGAGAGGAAGCACUUUGUCGAUAUGAGGAGAGCUGCCGCUGUCAUACAGCGAUGGUGGCGAGGCUGCCUCCUCAAGCAGUCCACCAUGGACUCUGGUGAUGAGGAGGAGGCGGCAGUGUGCCUGCAGGCGGCCUGGAGGAGCUACAGGGAGCGCAGGAGGUUCCUGCAGAGGCGAGAUUCUGCCAUCGUCAUACAGAGGAGCUGGAGACAUUACUGUCAGCGCAGAUCUUUGGCCGCUCUAACCAUUCAGACAGCCUGGAGAGGGUUCACAGUGAGGAGCCGCUACUGUCGGACGUACAGGACGGUGACGCAGCUGCAGGCGAUGGGCAGGGGACACCUGGCUCGACUCAGGUUCAGUGAAGUGAAGGAGCAGCAUGAAAGACAGCAGAGUCCACCACCAGAGAUGGAGGCAGGAACCAUGGAGGACCUCGCCUCAUCAGGACAGGAAGGUUACAUCCAGGACGUCUCUGUAGACCUGUCUGAAGACUCUAAGCCUGUUCUGAUAGAUGUGGGAGAGACAGAAAGAGAGGAGGACUCAGAGCGAAGUCGGAGCGCGGACGAGACGAGCCACAGGAACCGCUCGAAACGAGAGAGCAGACGGAUGAGAGAGCUGGAGCAGGCUCAGUUCAGCUUAGAGCUUCUUAAGGUCCGAACCACCAGCGUGCAAGAAGACCCAGACAGCAGCACCUGUCAGCUGGAAGACCAUCACAGACUCUCACCCCGGGGAUCUCCAGCUAGUCACGGAAGUUUUGAGCUGCUCAGUGUUGAAGACAUGGAGACUGAAGGCUCUGGGGGAUUUGGUUCCCAGUCGACUGCACCUCAAGAAUACCCCCAAGCACUUGACAUCCACCUACAUGAGGGGCUGAGGGAUUCAAACUUUAAUGAGAAGCCUAUGAUCGAGCCGCUAAACAAGGCAGAAGGUCCGAGAGCAACAUUUUAUAUUGCUUCUGACCAAAGUCCAGCUCAUGAACCAAAAUUCGAAAGCCCCAGCAAAUCUUACAGAGAGAGAAAGGAGUCCACGUCACGAAGGCCUGUGGUGGUGUUGAUCAGUAUGCAGAAGGAGAGUCCAGUGGAUGAGGGGGAGCUGCUGGCAGCCCAAACCCUACAAGGAGCAUCUGAAACAGGAGCAGCAUCAACUGGUUCCCAAAUGACCCCUGUUGAGGCAGUAUCAGAGAUGGAACAGCCUCAUGCGAUUGCCACCCCGGCUGAGAGUGACGUAUGUAAAGUGGACAAGUCUCCUGGGGUCCCAUCUUCAACUGUCCGUGUAUCAAGUCCAGAAUCAGGGAUUUGCUCCUCGGAGGUGGACAUCCAGAUCGUCCUGGAGCCAAAGUCCAGCGUUCCCACUGCCCUCCCCAGUCGGCAAGAGAAGAAGAAGGCGAACCGACCGGUGCAGCAGGCUCCCAGCCCGGUCCUGGACACCAAACCACCGAAGGCUCAGAAGAAGAGCUCAGGCCAGACUGUGAUUGUGAACAUGGUGGAGAAACCCCCCAACACUGUGUUCUCUCCGCCCAGACGCAAGCUGCCCUUCUCCAAGUCAGAUAAGGAUUUGGUGAACCAGGAAAGGUCUUUGGCCAUGUUUAGAGACGACUCUAAAUCUGCUGGAUCCAGAAACAGAGAGCAGGUGGGCCGCCCUGGCCCCAAAAAGAAAGCGCGAAUGUCCCGGACGCGCUCCGACUUCCUAACCCGCUGUAACUCUGAGGGGGCGACCCAGUCGGACGACGACGAUGAAUACUACAUCCCCGCCCACUCCCACACGCUGCCCCCCUCCUUGUCUCUCCCAAACACCCACCCCGAGGCUGACUGUCACAGCGACUCCGAGAUGCCUUCUCACAAAGAUCAGAAGAAGAUCCAUAAGACCAUGUCAUCAGGAGACCUGGGCAAAGUGGAGGUCCUCAGGAAAACCUCCAGCCAGGAUGGAAGCAGGAUGAAAGGAAGGAUACGAUUCUGGAGUAAGACGAAGCACGGAGAGAAGAAACUGUCGAGAGAGAAGCAGGCCAGCAGGAGCGAAGCUGGAGAGGCACAUGAAGGCCCCUCUUCUCCUCCUCACAGUCCAGAUUUGGAGGCAGCUUCCUCUCGGGGAAUCAGGGACAGUAAGGAGAACAAGGAGCCGUCUCCGAAGAUGAGGAGGCGUCGCAGCGUGAAGAUCAGCAGCAUCGCUCUGGAACCUGCCCAGUGGCAAAACGAUGCGCUGCACAUCCUCAGCUCGGCCCACGACUACCGAAGCAUGAACGACUUCCUCAUGAAAAAGAUCACUGAGUUGGAGUCUGAAGAUGGUAAGAAAGACACCAUGGUGGACGUCGUCUUCAAGAAAGCACUGAGGGAGUUCAGGAUCAACAUCUUCAACUCGUACUCCACCGCUCUGGCUAUGGAUGAUGGGAAGAGUAUCCGCUACAAGGAUCUGUACGCCCUGUUCGAGCACAUCCUGGAGAAGACCAUGCGCCUGGAGCAGAGGGACUGGUGCGAAUCGCCGGUGAAGGUGUGGGUCAACACCUUCAAGGUCUUCCUGGACGAGUUCAUGACCGAGUAUAAGCCUAUGGAGGGAACGAUCGGCAGGGCUCCUAAACGUGAACGCAAGAAGUCGAGGAAGAAGGAAACUGACAUUGUGGAGGAACACAACGGCCACAUCUUCAAGUCGACACAGUACAGUAUCCCCACCUACUGCGAGUACUGCUCCUCACUCAUCUGGAUGAUGGAUCGAGCCUGCGUCUGCAAACUGUGUCGCUACGCCUGUCACAGGAAGUGCUGCUCCAAGAUGACCACCAAGUGCAGUAAAAAGUACGACCCGGAGCUGUCGUCGCGGCAGUUUGGCGUGGAGUUGUCCCGUCUGACCAGCGAGGAGCGAACGGUCCCGCAGCUGGUGGAGAAACUCAUCAACUACAUCGAGAUGCACGGCCUCUACACGGAGGGGAUCUACAGGAAGUCGGGCUCCACCAAUAAGAUCAAAGAACUGCGCCAGGGGCUGGACACAGAUGUGAACAGCGUAAACCUGGAUGACUACAACAUCCACGUCAUUGCCAGCGUUCUCAAACAGUGGCUCCGGGACCUGCCCAGCCCUCUGCUGACCUUUGAACUGUACGAGGAGUUCCUCAGGGCCAUGGGUCAGCCAGACAAGCGGGAGGUGAUCAGAGGGGUGUAUUCGGUUAUCGACCAGCUCAGCAGGACGCACCUCAGCGCACUGGAGCGCCUCAUCUUCCAUCUGGUCAGGAUCGCCCUGCAGGAGGAGACUAACAGGAUGUCAGCCAAUGCCCUCGCCAUUGUGUUCGCUCCCUGCAUCCUUCGCUGCCCUGACACCAUCGACCCGCUGCAGAGUGUCCAAGACAUCAGCAAGACCACCGCGUGUGUGGAGCUGAUCAUCAAUGAGCAGAUGGGCAAGUACAAAGCUCGUCUGAAGGACAUCAGCAGUCUGGAGUUUGCAGAAAGCAAAGCUAAGAGCAGACUGACCCACAUCAGGAGGUCCAUGAGCAAAGGCCGUGUUCGGCAAAGCAGCACCCACGUGACCUCGCCUCCUCUCAGCCCCAAAGCAGCCGCUGUGGUGGUGGAUGGAGAGGGCUCAGGAGGAGGAGGAGGAGGAGGAGUAGGAGGAGGAGGGGGAGGAGGAGGAGGAGGAGAGGAUGCAGCAGAGGCUGGGCUGAACGAGCAGCAGCAGCUGGCGAUGCAGCAGGAGGAGCGAAUUCUCACAGAGCAGAUCGAAAGUCUGCAGAAAGAAAAGGAGGAGCUGACGUAUGAGAUGUUGAUCUUGGAGCCCCGGACGUCUGAUGAUGAGACUCCUGAAUCUGAAGCAUCCAUCGGCACAGCGGACAGCUCUGAGAACAUCACCAUGGAGACGGAGGGAGCCACAUCAGACCCCUCUGAGCGAGGCACUUAUCGCGCCAGAAAGUCGGAGGCAAAGACCAGACGAGCUUUGCGCCGUCAGCCUGACUCCCAGGACUCCGCAGACUCCACCUCCACCAUUUCCUCCUCCUACCACCCCUCUUCCUCCCUCUCCUCCAAUGCCUCUGGCUCUCCAUCCCCUCACUACCGGUUCCGCUCCUCCUCCUCCGGGCCCCUGCUCACUUCCUGUGGUUUGGGGGCCCCGCUGGCUGAGGCAGAGGGAAGCCACGGAGCCGGUAAGACCCGUCACAGGCUCAGGCUCAGCCGCAGCUCCCCACGUGAGCCCUCAGGAAGCCACCGAAGGGAGUCGGACUUCAGCUCGGGGCCACAGCAGCUGGUUCUGUACGGCAGCAACGAGUUCAUGGUGUGAAGCCGAGGAGGGAAGGAACGCCAGCCGCCACCUGUUCGAGUGCAGGGUGGCGUACAGGAGGAAGAGGAGGAGGGAGAGUCCGGGGUCGAAUGAGGCUGGUCACGGGGCGAGGAUUGUGCCCGGUGUCGCCUGCUGCCCCUCCUCGGCGCCCACACCCCUCCUCCCCUGGAACAGUCAGAGCAGAGGGCUGUGGGAAUCAAAGAAGACUGGAACUAUGACACAGAGGGACAAAAUGACAGGUCAAAGAAAAAGAGGACUGAAGAAUGCUGGAGCAGAGUGAAGUGAAUAGUCGGCCAUGUUUGUUGACCCUCUGAUCUCAGCGCUGUUUGACCCCUGCUGGAGCACCAGGGGUCGGUCAGAGGAGAGAGUGAAGAAGGGAAAGACGGUUGGUGAGAGACAGAGGAAAAACCCACACAUGCAAAGCCAAAUCUUACAGAGCCCCAUCUUUAUUUUUUAGCAUGUGGGCAGGUGGAUAAAGCCACCCCGAAGAAAUGUAGCCAUACUGACUGAACUGGCGGACAUUUUGUCUGUAACCAGCGCCAAGCUAAGUCUGCUUUUCACGUUUACACAGGACACACCAGCCACGAGGCUGCAUGCUUCUCCAUCACACUUUUUCCUACAUCAGUUUGAAGAGACUGUACAGAAAUAUGUUACAUUAUUAUUAUUAUUAUUAAUUAUUAUUAUUAUUGUUAUUCUGUUACAGAGGAAAAAUGUGUAAAUAGAAACUCCAGUGCUGCUCCUGGGUCGUUCAUUGUUGAUUAGUCUCUAUUUCCUGUUUUCAAUUUUGCAAACUGAAGUGUUCAGGUUCCAUUUUUGUUUCUGUGCUGGUUUUGCUCGGUUUACUGUCCUUUGUUUUCUCUGAUUUAACAAUGAACAGAGCCAGCCUCGGGCGUCCUCGGGUUAUACACCUGAGAAAUAAUAGAAGGAAAAGCGUUUGAUCCGCGCCCACAGAGCUACACGUCUGGGGCCAGAUGCAUAAAACUCUGUGUAAAACUGUGUGUCCGCACAAAGACAGACAUAUACGUACACAUUAUUUUUCGUCAGAUCAACAUAGCCGUGCGUAUGCCUGAUUCUGUUUUAUAAAUCUCCAUCAUUGAGGCGCUGGGUGCACAUACACAGGCCUCAUUUCCACACCCACAGUUUGCCAUGAAAGGAUCUAAAAAUGACCUUAAACAUACAUGUGAAUAUCGAUACUUGUACCGACCUGCGUAAAGAAAGUACAAUUUCCCAAUCUGUGUCCUAUUGGAGAGGUUCUCUAGAGCAGUGGUUCCCAACUGAUACAGCCACGGGGUCAUGAUUUGUCCUUAGUCAUUAGUUCAAGGUCCACGUAUUUUAAAAUAUUCAGCGUCAUACUUGAGUUUGGCGUGUCGUUGAGCUAGUUUGCUCUCUCUAUUAAAUAGCUGUCUGUUAGUCACUCACUCGCAGCCUGAAACGGUACUUCAUUACAAAAGCUUUGUGCUGGAAAUUCACCGUACUUCAGAAUAAAGUGUGUUUUUUAGGAACUUGACACAUUCAGAAUGGACUCGUGACCCACUUUUGGGCCAUGUAAUUACACACAGCUGUGGAUAUUUGUAGUGUCUGUACCACUAAUUAAUGACAAUUAAGCAAAUAUUGAAUUUGAGAAUCACUGUGGUGAAAUUGCAAUCAUCAUUUUUAUUAAACGUCAGAAAAAUGACCAGUGAUUCAUUCAAAGCACUCAUCAGUCCCUUCAGUAUGUCGCAGGCUGUUCUUGUGACUGUUGCAGCCUGAAAUGCCUGAUUUCAUGACAGCUUUUCUAAAUAAUUUAAAUCGCAGAGGUGAAAAUUUCAAAAAUAGUUGUGAAGCUGUCUCAGAUUCAGAGCUUGUUAUCAUGAGCAUUCAGUGUUUCCCACAGAAGUAGAGUCUAUUUGUGAUGGCUGGGGGUGACGGGCAGGAACACCUGAUCGCCGACCAUCAGCUGUUAAUGCUGUUCAACGCAGCGCUGAAGCACCGUCCCCAUGAAGGCUGUCCUCCUGCCCUCUCUGCCUAGAAAGAACAAGCUAACACAGCACAAUGUGAUCUAAUCGCUGCUUGUCAUAUUUUACCUCUUGGGCAGAAGCCUCACAGCAACGGUUAAUAUCACACACCAAGUCGUUCAGCUCACACAGAAACAGAAACGGCACAACUGUCGCCAAACUUGUAAAUAACCAUUUGGUGACAUUAGUUGUGUGAUGCUAUCAGUUAGUGCUGUCACUGUGUGUGUGACUCUGUCACAGAGCUCCAGUCCUAAAGAGAGGAAGAGAAGGGCUGAGUGAAUCAAUACACUGCAUGCAGCUCUACAAUGAAAUGAGAUUUUACCUGUUUUAAAUAGUCAAGUUUGUGGUAAAGUUGUGGGAUUGGACAAAAUUGCAAGGUCGUGCAGAAUCCACAGGGAUCGGCUAAAUUUGCUUCAAUUGUAGGGCUGCCCCCAACUAAGAAUUUUCGCAGUAGACCAAUAAUCGUCAUUUAGGGCCAUUAGUCGACUAGUCGCCCGCAUGUUUACGAUAUUAAUCUAAUUAUUGAAUGUUGGGCGGGGCAACACAAUGGUUUGAGUUGAAGGUGUGAGAAAGAAUAGUAUCAGUAACAUUGUUAACACUGUGCUACAUUACAGAGAAAUACAAAACCGUACUAAUGAACCUUCAUUAAUAUAGGCCUAUAUUUUAUCUACAAGUGCACGUCACACACUGAGCGAGCCGCCUGUUAAUGACGCUGUGGGCUAAUGGGCAUGUAGCUACUUCCAUGUUUCAGAUGAUACGUCAUGUUUGUAGUCGACCAAUGAAGAUGAGUUUACAUAUCACCUUGGGUUCGUCCUUCACCUUCUCAAAAUGAUCCCACACUUUGGAUUUCCUGCCCGACAUGUUAUUAACUAGCUGUGGAAUAACCGCAGGUACCAGCCCUGGAAAUUAACCUGACUCCUGACUGACUGCUGAGCGUGGACACUUCCUGUGUCUGUCCUUUCAAAAUAAAUAGCCACAUGAUCCAGUCAUAUAGGUUUUGAUUUAUUUUUGACAAGGCGCAGCUCCUAAUAGAGCUUCACUUUUUUUUCUUCUUAUUUUUCUGUGACUAAGGGACCAAUGAAAUCUUGCUGACUAAUGACCUUUGUGGUCGACUAACGUUUGGUCGACUGUUAGGGGGCAGCCUUAGUUAAUUGUUAUGAUCCCGAAAUCCUUGAGGGACAACUUAUGAUGAAACAGACUUUAAAAAGUGCUUAAAAAAAUGAACAAUUAUUUUUAGUUAUUCAAAAUGAACUUUAUAAAUGUGCCUGUGGUUGACAUUUUACAUGUCGCCAUGUAGCCUGCAAAAAUAGUAACACAAUCUAAAAUUUGCAAACAACCUAAAAACAGUGAUAUCCAUCUCUCAACUUACAUUUAACUGUGUCACCCGCCUAAUCUAAAGACUGGUGAGGUGCACACAUUACUGUCGCACAUUCAUCAGUUUAUGUGUGUGAAAAGGCGUACACACGUUUUUUGUGCGUACACAUUGUUUAUGCACCUGGCCCCUGGUGUCACGUUUACUUUACCUGAGGUGUCAAAUGUCAAUCAGCCAUAAGUGUAUUGUCUCUGUCUCUCCCUCUUGUUUUCUAUCUGUUUUUAUUCAGAAACAUCAGUGUUACUAUGUCAGGACUUGAAUUUUUUUUUUUUACAUAUAUAUAUAGAUAUUAUUGCUGUAUUAUAGGUGUUGUUAUUGAUAUCGAAGAUGUCAUGUUUUUGUUUUCAAUAUCGUUUCAUGGUUCAUUUUUGAUUAGAUGAAAGCCAUUUUUUCUUUCCUUACUGCGUGUGUGUGUGUGUGUGGGUGUGUGUGUGUGUGUGUGUGUGUGCAUGGUUGAGUGAGUGAGUGAAUCAUUCCUGCCACUGUAUCAGCUCCCACCUGUGUGGUCUUGUGUACACACACAUACACUAGUGUUUCCCCCCUCCAACAAAUGUUCUUCUCAUAAAGGUGGAAAAAAAAGUCUCUGCAAUCAUCAAGUGACACUAAAACUAACUCAGACAUAUGAUGUGUUCAAUUCCUCUGAGUUUCAUUGCACCUGUGGGGAAACUCUUGCACUCACACACACUCUCAAACCGUCCACGACGUCCUCUGAGCCAUCCAGUGUACUCUCUCCUUCUUCUUCUUCUCUUUUACCAAAACAGUAGCUCUUCCAUCCUCUUCUCUCCCGGCUCUGGCUGUGAAAAGUAGCAUUUAACCUUCCUGUUAACCAGACGAGAACUAGUAGCAACUAACUCAGACCGUCCACGUGUUUCUGCAUAUUCUUACUCUCUUUCUGUCUCUGUCCAUACAGUAUCGAAACCGUCAGUGUGAUAUUCAGUUUUAUGGCCCUAACUCAGCUUAACAGCGAUGAUGUCUCCGUAUUUAAGCUGCACUAUGUCCCUCCCUGCUUGCUGCGUCUGUGCGAUCAGAUGCUUUCGAGCACCCUUUGCUCCGAUCUCACCAACACAAUCAGUGUUAAUCAAGUUUUCCUUGAAGCUGGAAGUCUCACUGAAGACUGUGCUGAUCUCAGUUUUAAUACAGUUGUGGAGACUCGCAGUGUGUUGUCUUUUUACAACAUAAACUGUAGACCUGUUUAGAAAAAAAAAAAAGUUUCAGAGGGGACAAAACUGAUUCCCGAUCAAAUAUCUUGAAGCUGAUAUUUGAUGGGAUGGUCUGUGUACAUGUCCAGGCUGUCAAUAUGGCGAAAAAAGACAAAAAAAAAAAAAAAAAAAAAAAAGUGAAUGUACCUGUCACUGGAAGGCAUGCUCUGCUUUCUCUGGUUGUUUUUGUUCCUCUUUUAUACACAGUGUAUGUACUAUUUAUGAUCAUGCUUUUGGGGUGUACAUUGGUUUAAAAGAAUCUGUUAUAAAAGGUGUUAUAAGAGGAUAUAUUAUCCUGUGUACGGUUCAUUAUCUACUAUUAACCAUGGCGACAUUUUAGCAGGCCACACUCGGUCUGUCAUGUUUGUGCUACAAAGCGAGAAAAAAAAAAAAAAGAAGCGCUGUGUCUCUUUGUCUGCGCCACUCUGGACACGGUUACGUAUAAGGUGCAAUUUGUGUUAUAUUUCUUUUUUUUUUAAUGAACAUGUUUAUGGUUGUAAGAAAAAAAGACUUUAUGGGGGAAAUUCAUCUGCUUAUUAAAAAAGCAAAACUGCAGCCAAACACAAAUGAGUUGAGUCGUAUUUUGCCUGAAAGACAAGAUAAACAAAUGUGUAUUUUAGAUUUUUGCAUUUGCUGUUGUUAGCUUGCUAACUAACAAAUUAAGGAUUAGCU